AUGGCUGACCAUUCUUCCUCCACAGCCAUCUCGAAUGAUCGCAUCACCAAGGCCGAGGACCAGGCCAUGGACAAGCAGGUGCCUUCAAACGGCCAUGUCGAACCGGGUAUUUCGAUUCGCAUGGGCCCAGUCGACGCUAUGGACGUAGAUGCGCCUGCGACCAACGGCAACGCGAACGGAAAGCGCAAGGCACGCGGCAGCUUGAACAACGGAAAGACAUACAAGGACGCCAGCAGCUCUGAGGAGGAUGACAAGCCACUUAGCAAGCGACGGCGGACAUCUCAGCAAGCCAAGGUUGUCAAAGAUGAGUCCGACUCUGAGCUCAGCGAUGUGCCAUUGAAGGCCAGAAACCUACCCAAGGCCAGCGCAGAACAAAUUGGGCAGUCCUCGGACUCCGAUACUCCUUUGAAUGCGAAACUAGUCAAGAAGAAGGAGGAUAUCGAGAAGGCUGCUGCAAAAGAAGCAAAGGCUAUCCGCUCCAAGGAAAAGGCCGCUCCGAAGCGAAAGCCAAAGGAGGAGAGUGAGAGCGACGAUGACGUUCCCCUUGCGAAGAAGAAGGCCCCUGCGAAAAAAGCUCCGGCCAAAAAGCUGAAGAAGGAGGAGUCGGACUCUGAUGCGCCCCUUGCGAAGAAGCCUGCUGCGAAAAAGACGAAGGCUGUUGCGGCACCCGUAAAGAAGGAGGAGAAAGAGCAAGAUCAGGCAGCUGAAGAUGAGGAGGAAGAGUACCGAUGGUGGGAAGACACGGCGAAAGGUGACGGAAGCAAGAAGUGGGAUACUCUUGAGCACAACGGCGUGGUGUUUCCGCCUGAGUACGUUCCGCUACCCAAGAACGUUAAGUUGAUCUACGAUGGUAUACCUGUCACGCUGCAACCAGAGGCCGAAGAAGCUGCAACGUUCUACGGCAGCAUGCUGAACUCUACCCACAACGUCGAGAACCCCACCUUCAACAAGAAUUUUUUCGAGGACUUCACCGCGAUCCUCGACAAGACCGGCCAUGGCAAAGACAAGGACGGCAAGACGGUCAAAAUUAAGAAGUUCGAAAAAUGCGACUUCAAGCCCAUUUUCGAGCAUUUCGAGGCCGAUCGUGCCGCAAAGAAGGCACUUCCAGCUGCUGAGAAGAAGGCGCUCAAGGCGGAGAAGGACGCAGCUGAGGCUGAAUACAUGUUCUGCAUGUGGGAUGGCCGUAAACAGAAGGUUGGCAACUUCCGAGUCGAACCUCCUGGCCUUUUCCGCGGACGUGGUGAGCACCCAAAGACUGGACGGAUCAAGAAGCGCGUCGCUCCGGAGCAGAUCACGAUCAACAUCGGUGAGAACGCCAAGGUACCUCCGCCACCUGCAGGUCAUCGCUGGAAAGAGGUCAAGCACGAUCACGAAGGCACAUGGCUGGCUAUGUGGCAGGAAAACAUCAACGGCGCCUACAAGUAUGUCAUGCUUGCUGCGAACUCCGACAUCAAGGGCCAGAGUGACUUCAAGAAGUUCGAGAAGGCGCGAGAGCUCAAGAAGCACAUUGACCGCAUCCGACAGGACUACAGGCGUGAACUCAAAUCUGAGAAGAUGGUCGAUCGCCAGCGCGCCACUGCCAUCUACCUCAUUGAUCAGUUUGCACUUCGUGCGGGUAACGAGAAGGGUGAGGACGAGGCGGACACAGUUGGUUGCUGUUCUCUAAAAUUCCAGCACAUUACCCUUAGGCCUCCGGAGACGGUCAUCUUUGACUUCCUCGGUAAGGACAGUAUUCGCUUCUAUGAUGAGGUCAAGGUCGACGCCCAAGUCUUCAAGAAUCUCAAGAUCUUCAAGAAGGAGCCCAAGACGGUCGGCGAUGACAUAUUCGAUCGUCUGACGACCUCUGCUUUGAACAAGCAUCUGACGAGCUACAUGCCUGGUCUUACUGCCAAGGUCUUCCGUACCUACAACGCCUCAUACACUAUGGCUAGACUCCUCAAAUCGUUGAAGGCUACCGGUACGAUUCAGGAGAAGGUCAAGGCUUAUAACGAUGCCAACCGUGAGGUCGCCAUUCUGUGUAACCAUAAGCGUACAGUCGCUGCAACCCACGGCGCUUCUAUCGACAAGAUGAACGAGAAGAUUAAGGGUCUUCGUUACCAAGUUUGGAGGACCAAGAUGAUGAUGAUCGAUGUCGACCCCAAGAUCAAGAAGAAGAAGGGUGCUGAGUACUUCGAGCGUCCCGAGGACUUAGAUGCCGAAUGGGUCAAGCAGCAUCAGGAUGCUGAAGUCGAUGAGAUGCGCCAGAAGAUCACCAAGAAGUUUGAGAAGGACAAUGAGAAGCUCGCGGCCGAGGGCGAGAAGGAGAUGAAGCCUAAAGAGCUCACCGAUCGUCUUGAGAAGGUCGAAGAACUCGCCAGCAAGUACAAGAAAGAGAACAAGACCGGCAAGGUCGAGGCUGAAGGCAAGGGUCCUACCGUCGAAAAGCUUGAGGCCAAUAUCGACAAGAUCAACCAGCGCAUCGAGAACAUGAGGAUCCAGAUGGAAGACAAGGAGGGCAAUAAGGAGGUUGCCCUGGGCACUUCCAAGAUCAACUACAUCGAUCCUCGUCUCACCGUUGUCUUCUCCAAGAAGUUCGAUGUCCCCAUUGAGAAGUUCUUCUCCAAGACGCUGCGCGAGAAGUUCGAUUGGGCCAUCAAGUCCGUUGACGAAGACUGGGAGUUCUAG